CCGAGCCCACCGGGCUGAGGGGCGCGGGGCAGGCCGGGAAGGGCGCGGGGCAGGCCGGGAGUGCCCCGGGAGCGGCGCAGCGGGACCGGCACCGGGACCGGGAGCGGCACCGGCAGGAUGUGGUACGAGAUCUUGCCCGGCAUGGCCAUCAUGGGCGUCUGCCUCAGCAUCCCCGGCUUCUCCACCAUGUUCAUAAACCGCUUGAACAACGGCGGCAAGGAGAAGAGGAUCGCCCGCUUCCCCUUCCAGUGGACCCUGAUGGAAAGGGAUCGGCGGAUCUCGGGUGUCAACAAGUACUACGUGUCCAAGGCAGGUUUUUGGGGCACGGGCAGGUACCGCCGGGGUGGGGGCGCUCCCGGGGCUGUCGGGCUCCGUGCCUGCAGCUGAUCUGCCUCUGGGGCU